GCAUAAAAUCCGAUUAUUACUUGAAACUGUUGUUAUAUUUUUUACUGUGUAGCCCAAGAUUAGAUCGAAAAAAGGAGAGGCCUGACUUUGAGCUUGAGUUAAAAAGAGAGAAUGAUAACUGAGUGUCGUCGAUCAAGACGUCCGUCGGAUAGUCAGUUUUGAGACAGAUGUCAUGAAGUGUAGUGUUGUUAUUUGUGCUGUUCGUGCGAUGAACAAAAAAAAGAGAAAAAAAUGAAAAUAAAAACGGAAAUGAAAGAAAUGAAAAUAGUUUUGUGUUUUUAAUGGAAAAUAAGAACUCCGACAAUGGCGCUAGUUGGUAAACUGGUUGUUCAAAUCAGUGAUGGGACAGAUGCUCCUCCCCUAAUUAGUAUCGACACGAACAAUACUCUUAAAUAUCAGCGGCUAAUAACAUAUGGAGAAGAAGCUUUCGAUGAGGAUACUAUUUCUAAUGGAUGUUUUGAACGACGAUUGCAUCAAAAAAUCAUGUUCACAGUCAUCCCAGCAGGACUACCGAAAAAAAUCCCGCAGAAGUCCCGAAGAAAUCCCAUCAGUUUUCCCGAUACAGUCCCCGCAGGAUUCCCGAAGGAAUCUCCACAGGAUUUCCGAAGGAAUCGUCACAGAAUUCCCAAAGUAGUCCCCGCAGAAUUCUCGAUGGAAUCAUCACAGGAAUCCCAGCAGUAUUGCCGAAGGAAUCACCACAGUAUAUCUGAUAGAACUCGUGAAGGAAUCCUCACUGGAUUCCCGAAAAAAUGUUCGGAGUGUUCCAGAAGGAAAACCAGAAGGAUUCCAGAAGAAACUUCCGCAGGAGUCUCGAAAGAAUUGCCACAAAAUUCACAGAGUAAUUCCCCCAGGAUUCUCAAAGAAAUCCACGAAGGAUUCCCGAAGGAAUGUUUGCAGAAUUCUCGAAAGAAUCAUUGCAGGAUUCCAGAAAUAUUCCCAGCAGGACUUCCGAAGGAAUCCCCACAGUGUCCACAGUUAAAAAGUGAAAAACUCCUGAAGGAAUCCUCACAGGAUUUACGAAAAAAUCUCUGAAGUGUUCCAGAAGGAAAACCAGCAGUAUUCCCGAAGAAAUUCCCGCAGAUAACGGUUAGAAUUC